CGCGGCGGAAAUUCCAAGUUGAAUGAAUAUAUAUCUCUUUAAGAGAAGUGGACCCUGCGCGUCGACCCCUCCCCUCAUCCUUGCCGGGUGCGCGCAAAACCUAUAAAUAGUGCGCUCAUGGAGAGGCGUGAGGACUCCGUGUGUGCGUGUGUCUGGCAGCCGCUUUCAUCUGUGCGUAAAGAGGCCACCGGAGCGCCACAUCAGGAAAAGUAAAUCCCACUUUGAUCUCCAUGGAGUGGUGAAACACGCUCUGGAUUACAGCUCGGAGCGUUUGGCGGCGUCUUUCAGUGACUCUUGAUUUGACUUUGAAUUCCACAGUGAUCCAGAUGUUAAUCCACACCUAUUCGGCUAUGGAGCGCGCAGACGGACUGAGCGGCUCUUCGCCGAGCGGUCGUCUCUCCCAGCUGUCCUCCCUGAACCAGGCCGCCUACUCCUCAGCACCUCCGCUCUGCCACACUCCGGCCUCCGACUUCCAGCCCCCGUAUUUCCCUCCUCCGUAUCCCCAGUCAUCCCUGCCGUACUCUCAGAGCCAGGACUCUGCGUAUUCCCACCUGUCGGACCCCUACCCCUCCAUCAACUCCAUUCAUCAGCACCAGCAAGUCGCGUGGCAUUCACAGAGGUCGCGCUCCGAAGAGGGGGGGCUGCUGUCACAGUCUCACCGCGCUCUGAGUCUCGAUCCCCGUCGGGAGUAUCCAGCUGUCCCCCGCCUGCUCCACGGUUUGGGGGAAGGAGCCGCCGCUCUCGGGGACGGUCCUCUCGGGAUGCACCUGGGACACCAUGGCCUGGAGGAUCUUCAGGGGAUGGAGGAAGGUUCAGCCCUGGGCAUCCUCGACCACUCUGUCAUUAAAAAAGUUCCAAUCCCAUCCAAACUGAACGGCUCGUCCCUGUCAGCCUUGUCCAUCGGGAAAGAGGGCCUCGGCAUGGGAGCCGUGUCCAACCCAGCUGAAGUGUUCUGUUCGGUUCCGGGUCGCCUCUCCCUGCUCAGCUCCACCUCCAAGUACAAGGUCACUGUCGGGGAGGUGCAGCGGCGCCUCUCACCUCCUGAGUGCCUCAACGCUUCCCUGCUGGGUGGCGUCCUCCGCAGGGCCAAGUCAAAGAAUGGUGGCCGCUGUCUGAGAGAGCGUCUGGAGAAGAUUGGCCUCAACCUGCCCGCCGGGCGACGCAAGGCAGCCAACGUCACUCUGCUCACAUCUCUAGUGGAGGGCGAGGCCGUCCACCUUGCACGGGAUUUUGGUUAUGUUUGUGAGACAGAGUUCCCAGCCAGAGCCACGGCUGAGUACCUGUGCAGGCAGAGCGAGCCGGACCAGCUCCCAACCCGGCGCAGCAUGUUGCUCGCCACCAAGGAGAUCUGUAAGGAGUUCGUGGACCUGAUGUCCCAGGACCGUUCUCCGCUGGGCGGCAGUCGACCCACACCCUGCCUGGAGCCCGGCGUUCAGGGCAGCCUCACCCACUUCAGCCUGCUCACACACGGCUUUGGUGCGCCCGCCAUCUGCGCCGCGCUCUCUGCCUUCCAGAGUUACCUGAUAGAAGCCAUCAAAAUGUUGGACAAAGGAGAGGGGGGAGGGAAGAGCCACCACGACAAGGAGAUGAAGCACCGCAAAUAGGACAGGGGGACGGAAGGACAAGCGGAUGAGAGGGAGGGCAGGAGAGGAUGCGUGAAAGAGGGGAGGAGACAGACACGCGCCCCUCUGUCUUUAACCUUUGCCCUCAGGACAUAGACUUGCACCUCCCAGAGACUCUGCGGCUCCUGCGGGUGAGGAGGUGGGAGGUGAUAUCUGUAAUUUGUCCACUCAAAAUGACGCAUGGACCUCUCUCUUCUCAGUAGUCGGUUUGUGUCAUGAUGGCGUUUACAACCCUGUUGGCGAAGACAUCGCUUCAGGAUGAGCUCCAACACGUGACCCCGUCCCCUCUCCCUGAUUAUUUUUUGGCUAACGUUUCACCUCAUGUGUCACCAAAAACCACAUUUGGACUGAACACAUCCAGGAAGCGUCGGAAGCCAUAUCCGAGACACGACCUGCUCUUUGCUCCUUUAGAACUCUGGGGGGACUCUCGACCCCACCUGAUUGGUCCAGCUGCAGUGGGUGCUUAUGGGAGAAUGAGUUCUCUGGAGGAGUCAAAGACAUCUAAUGGAGAUUUGUUUUAUUUUGAAGUCUGUGUUGUUGAUGACUUAAGAAAAUAGCACAAAUCAUUUUGUACUUUCUGUGUAUGUUUAUUAUUAUUAAUGUUAUUACUGUUAUUGUAUUACGGCAUAAAUGUAAUAUAUUAUUAAAGAAUUAACAACUCGUGUUUUGGUUUUUUUUUUUUAAUACUAAGUAAAACAUUCAAAAACAUUUACUCAAGAUCCACACUGGUAAAAACGCCACACAAUUUUUAAAUGCAAAGGCAAGAACUGUUUUUUUUUUUUUUUUAAUACUGCUGCAGUUUUUUUUUUUU